GGUGUCCCCGCUGCGGUGUCACUGCGCCGCUCGGCUCCUUCCCAUCCAUCCCGUCCCGUCCCAUCGCAGCCCGCUCCGCGCUGCCCGGCAGCUAAAACCAUGGAGAACCUGUCCACUGCCAACAGUAGAUUUGCACUUGAUCUGCUCAGAAGGUUUAGUGAGGCCAACCCAACGGGAAAUGUCUUCUUUUCUCCUGUCAGUAUCUCUGCUGCUCUGGCCAUGGUCCUUUUGGGGGCCAAAGGUAAUACAGAAGCCCAGGUGUUGAAGACGCUUCACCUUGACAAAGUUGAAGAUGUUCAUUCAGGAUUCCAGGCUCUGACAGCAGACAUAAACAGAAGCAAUGCUCCCUAUCUCUUACGGCUGGCCAGUCGGCUCUUUGGAGAGAAGUCCUACAGCUUUCUGCAGGAUUUCCUGACUAAUACACGGAAAUUAUAUGGAGCUGACUUGGCUACAGUUGAUUUUCUUCAGGCUUGUGAUAAAGCCAGGAAAGGAAUUAACCAGUGGGUUGAGGAGAAAACGGAAGGCAAAAUCCCCGAUCUGCUGGCUGAAGGUUCAGUUGAUAGCAUGACCAAGCUGGUACUGGUGAAUGCUAUUUAUUUCAAAGCAAACUGGGCAGAGAAAUUUCAAGAAGCUGACACCACUGAUGCACCAUUUCGAUUAAAUAAGAAUGAAAGAAGGACAGUAAAAAUGAUGUAUCAGAAAAAAAAAUUUAAUUUUGGAUACAUCCCUGAAGAGAAGAUCCGUGUUUUAGAGCUGCCUUAUGAUGGAAGAGAACUCAGUAUGAUCAUCCUGUUACCUGAUGACACUGAAGAGGACUCCACUGGACUGCAGAAGAUGGAAAAGCAGCUUACCUUAGAGAAGCUCCAGGAAUGGACACGCCCGGAGCAUCUGUAUUCCGCUGAUGUUCACGUGCAUUUGCCAAAGUUUAAGCUGGAGGAAAGCUAUGACCUUAAAUCAGAUUUAGCUGCUAUGGGCUUGCUGGAUGUAUUUGACAGUGGCAAGGCUGACCUGUCGGGAAUGUCGGGGGCACGUGACCUCUUCCUCUCUGCAGUUGUCCACAAGGCUUUUGUGGAAGUGAAUGAGGAAGGCACGGAAGCUGCAGCUGCCACUGCUGGCAUUGCUAUGCUCUGCAUGGCCAUAGAAGAGGAUUUCAACGCUGACCACCCUUUCCUUUUCUUUAUUCGCCACAACCCAACACAAAGCAUACUUUUCUUGGGCAGAUAUGCUUCCCCAUAAAAGAAAACUUAGCAUUUGCAGCAGUUCCCGCUGUUGUUAAUGAAAGUUUUGUUCCUGAACAAGUUAAUCCUCCUGUUGUGAGUUCCUAGUAAUUUGACUGAGAUUCUGCCUUUCCAUUUAAACAGCCUCAGAGAAAAUGAGGAGUAAUUUAUUUUUCUUUCUGGAGAUUGACAUAAUCUUUAAUUGAACAAGGAAAAUCUUGGAGUAGAAACAAAUUUUCUUGGAAGAAGCGCACAGCUCCCCAUUGCGAUAACCAGUCACUCCUUAAUAAUCCAGUCACUCCUUAUGCAUAAAUACUAGGUUGUUCUUGCAGAGCUAUCCCUUCCCUAAAAUCUUGCUUUACAAAAAUACUGUAAUAAAAUCAUUCUAGGCACCAAAAGGCAUGUCUCAAACAGCUGGGUAUACCCAGUUCUGUCAUGAAAUAGAAGGUCAGAUAACAUUUGUUUAGAGACGUCUAUUAAUAGAGAAUGGAUUAAGCUAUUUAAACAAAAGUAACCCCUUGAAGCUAGUAGCCAGAAAAACUGCAAUACAGCUUUUGAAUGAGAAUGAAAAAAUGAGUAAGACUUUAGGUGAUGUGGUUAAAGAGGAUUUUUAAAAUUUAAAUUAAAUAUUAAAAUGUUUCAGGGAUUAGAGGUUUUAGGUGCCUUUUUGAAAGUUCAGAAACUGCCAAUAUGACAUCAGAUUCCGGCCAGUACCUCUGUCAUUCCCAAAAGAUACUUCAGCUUCCCAGAGGAGGAUCUGCAAGAAAUAUCUGAUGUUUCUCUUUAUGUACAAGGAUUCUACAUUUACUGAGCUGACUUCCACCACCUCUUUAUGCAGAAACCUCUGUUACUGUAUUCUUGGUAGCCAAUUUCAUACUGUCAUGUUCCGUGUUUUUUGGAGGUUAUUUGCUUGUAUCUUGGGUACUGUAACAUUUACCUGGACAACCUCAGCUCUGAAUGGGGCACAAUAGUUUUUAUGUAAUUGCAAACUGUAUUUUAAUCUUGUCUUUAAGCAACAAAUAAAAGUCUUUAACCUAAA